UGGUUAAACCCACCUAGCGGGAUUUCUGCUAAACUUGAAGAAAGGAGAGAUAAGCAUGUAAGUCCAAGGCUUGGUUAGAAAAUUCUGGAGCCUGAGCAAGAGUUGGUUAAAGAAACUUUGUCAACCCUGCUCCCUAAUGAGAUUUUUCCUCUUAAACUGCCUACUUCCUCUGUUCUGCGGGGUUCUGUUAAAGAGAAGCCUAUGAUGCUUGUUAAAAGAGUAAACUAGACUAUUCAAGACUAUUGCAAUGUCAUCUCUGAAUGCAGCUGAGACAGGUGCAGAUCUGUAGCUAAGGAGCAGAGUGAUGGCGGUCAGUGAUGGAAAAUCUCCAAGAGGUGCCAUGAGGAGGGGGCUUAUUGCUAAACAGGCCUAACAGGAUUCUUGCUCAAGGAGGGUCAAGGACAUCAAUUCAUUAAAGGUGGGGGAUGAGGAACUAGAUCACAUAUCACAGCGGGAAUACUGUGAAACUGGGUGGGGCCAGCCAAAGACAAGCCUACAGCUCAGAGGAAGCUGGCUGGGGUUUGCUGAAGGAGAGGGUCUUUGUCAGCUUCCAGACAGACAUUUGUGCCCGUUACUGAAGGCGCCAUGGAUGCUGUGGAACUUGCCAGAAAGCUGCAGGAGGAGGCCACGUGCUCCAUCUGUCUUGACUACUUCACAGACCCCGUGAUGACCACCUGUGGUCACAAUUUCUGCCGAGAGUGCAUCCAGCUGACCUGGGAGAAGGCCAAAGGCCAGAAAAAGAGGAGAAAGCGGAAGGGCACCUUCCCCUGCCCUGAGUGCCGCGAGCUGUCCCCCCAGAGGAACCUGCGGCCCAACCGUCUGCUGACCAAGGUGGCCGAGAUGGUGCGGCAGCACCCCAGCCUGCAGAGCAGGGACCUGUGCCAGGCGCACCAAGAGCUGCUCAAACUCUUCUGUGAGGAUGACCAGAGGCCCAUCUGCAUCAUCUGCAGGGAGUCCCAGGAACACCGGCCCCACAGGGUGGUCCCUAUCGAGGAGGCCGUGCAAGAGUACAAGUUGAAGCUGGAGGAGGACAUGGAGUACCUUCGAGAGGAGAUGAUGAAGACUGGAGAGCUGCAGGCCAAGGAGGAACAGACCUUGGCCGAGUGGCAGGAGAAGGUGAAGGAGCGGAGGGAGCGCAUCAUGGCCGAGUUUGAGAAGAUGGGCCUCCUCCUGAUGGAGGAGAAGCAGCGCCUGCUCCAGGCCCUGAAGAAGGAGGAGGAGGAGACAGUGGCCGAGCUGCAGAAGAGCACAGCCUCUCUGAAGCAGCAGAGUCACUCCUUAGAGAGGCUGCUCCUGCAGCUGGAGGACAGGAAUGAGCGCACUCCGCUCCAGAUGCUGCAGGAUAUGAAAAGCCUCCUCAGCAGGAAGAACAGCCUGAGUGUGCAGUACCCAGAGGCUACCUCCAUCAUACUGAAGACCAUUUGUAGGGUCCCAGGGCAGAUAGAGGUCCUCAAGAGUUUCCAAGAGGAUGUGGUACCCGACCCCUCCACGGCAUACCCCUACCUCUUCUUGUACGAGAGCCGCCAGAGGUGCUACCUGAGCACCCCGAUGGAUGGCGCACCCCGUGGCAAGGACAGGUUCCUCGCCUAUCCUUGUGCGGUUGGCCAAGAGACCUUCUCCUCGGGGAGGCACUACUGGGAGGUGGGCAUGAACCUCACCGGUGAUGCCCUGUGGGCCCUGGGCGUGUGCAGGGACAACGUGAGCCGGAGGAACAGGGUCCCCAAGUCCCCAGAAAAUGGGUUCUGGGUGGUGCAGCUAUGCAAGGGAAAGAGGUACGCACCUGCCACGUUUCCCCCAACUUCCGUCACACUGACCGAGCCUCCGAGCCACAUGGGCAUCUUCCUGGAUUUUGAAGCUGGAGAGGUGUCCUUCUACAAUGUGAACAAUGGGUCCCACCUGCAUACCUACUCUCAGCCUGCCUUCCCUGGCCCCCUGCAGCCCUUCUUCUGCCUUGGGGCCCCCAAAUCAGGCCAGAUGGUCAUCUCUACAGUGACUCUGUGGGUGAAGGGAUAGGGGCGCAGGCUGGUGGAGCCUGGGCAACCCUCCUUUCUCCAGAAGGUGAGGUUGGUCCCACUCAGCAAGGCCCACCUGCCCAGCUUAUCGCAAAUGAGGCAUUUGCAAGCCAUCGGCUGUGCAGGCUGGUUUUACAAAGUGGAAAUAGAACCAUGAUUAAAGCAGUUAAUCAUUAA